CUGUCUCAGGUUUGCUUUUUAAUUCCCUCGGUUUCCUGUUCCGGAGGCGCGGGCGGCGCCACUGUCUUGGUGCCUGGAGUAGUAGCCUGGCUUUUCUCUGACGGCGACCUCGUGGCCCGAGAGCCUUUUAUAGGUUCCUUUUCCUGGGGAUGUGAAGGAUACAGAAAUGACUGUGAAUCAACCCAUAUCAUCAAGGAGCUGAUAAUCUAGUGGAGGAGUUAGACAUGUGCAUACUUCACUGUGAUGUGAGGCAGCCUCUGAGCUUAUAUUCUCUGUGGAAGAUGUGACAUACCCAGGCGGUACGUCAUGAUGCAGGGCAACACAUGUCACAGAAUGUCAUUCCACCCGGGACGAGGGUGUCCCCGAGGACGAGGAGGACAUGGAGCCAGACCCUCAGCACCAUCCUUUAGGCCCCAAAAUCUAAGACUGCUUCACCCUCAGCAGCCUCCUGUGCAAUAUCAAUAUGAACCUCCAAGUGUCCCUUCCACCACUUUCUCAAACUCUCCAGCCCCUAAUUUUCUCCCUCCACGACCAGACUUUGUACCCUUCCCCCCACCCAUGCCUCCAUCAGCACAAGGCCCUCUUCCCCCCUGCCCAAUCAGGCCUCCUUUCCCCAACCACCAGAUGAGGCAUCCCUUCCCAGUUCCUCCUUGUUUUCCUCCCAUGCCACCACCAAUGCCUUGUCCUAAUAACCCCCCAGUCCCUGGGGCACCUCCUGGACAAGGCACUUUCCCCUUCAUGAUGCCCCCUCCCUCCAUGCCUCAUCCCCCGCCCCCUCCAGUAAUGCCACAGCAGGUUAAUUAUCAGUACCCUCCGGGCUAUUCUCACCACAACUUCCCACCUCCCAGUUUUAAUAGUUUCCAGAACAACCCUAGUUCUUUCUUGCCCAGUGCUAAUAACAGCAGUAGUCCUCAUUUCAGACAUCUCCCUCCAUACCCACUCCCAAAGGCUCCCAGUGAGAGAAGGUCCCCAGAAAGGCUGAAACACUAUGAUGAUCACAGGCACCGAGAUCACAGUCAUGGGCGAGGUGAGAGGCAUCGGUCCCUGGAUCGGCGGGAGCGAGGCCGCAGUCCUGACAGGAGAAGACAAGACAGCCGGUACAGAAUUGAUUAUGACCGAGGGAGAACACCGUCUCGCCACCGCAGCUACGAGCGGAGCAGAGAGCGAGAACGGGAGAGACACAGGCAUCGAGACAACCGAAGAUCACCAUCUCUGGAAAGGUCCUACAAAAAAGAGUAUAAGAGAUCUGGAAGGAGUUAUGGUUUAUCGGUUGUUCCUGAACCUGCUGGAUGCACACCAGAAUUACCUGGGGAGAUUAUUAAAAAUACAGAUUCUUGGGCCCCACCCCUGGAGAUUGUGAAUCAUCGCUCCCCAAGUAGGGAGAAGAAGAGAGCUCGUUGGGAGGAAGAAAAAGACCGAUGGAGUGACAACCAGAGCUCUGGCAAAGACAAGAACUAUACCUCAAUCAAGGAAAAAGAGCCUGAGGAGACCACGCCUGACAAGAAUGAGGAGGAGGAAGAAGAACUUCUUAAGCCUGUGUGGAUUCGAUGCACUCAUUCAGAAAACUACUACUCUAGUGACCCCAUGGAUCAGGUGGGAGAUUCUACAGUAGUUGGAACAAGUAGGCUUCGUGACUUAUAUGACAAAUUUGAGGAGGAGUUGGGGAGCAGGCAAGAAAAGGCCAAAGCUGCUCGGCCUCCGUGGGAACCUCCGAAGACGAAGCUCGAUGAAGAUUUAGAGAGUUCCAGUGAAUCCGAGUGUGAGUCUGAUGAGGACAGCACCUGUUCUAGCAGCUCAGACUCUGAAGUUUUUGACGUUAUUGCAGAAAUCAAACGCAAAAAGGCCCACCCUGACCGGCUUCAUGAUGAACUUUGGUACAACGAUCCAGGCCAGAUGAAUGAUGGACCACUCUGCAAAUGCAGCGCAAAGGCAAGACGCACAGGAAUUAGGCACAGCAUUUAUCCUGGAGAAGAGGCUAUCAAGCCCUGUCGUCCUAUGACCAACAAUGCUGGCAGACUUUUCCACUACCGGAUCACAGUCUCCCCGCCUACAAACUUUUUAACUGACAGGCCAACUGUCAUAGAAUACGAUGAUCACGAGUAUAUCUUUGAAGGAUUUUCUAUGUUUGCACAUGCCCCCCUGACCAAUAUUCCACUGUGUAAAGUAAUUAGAUUCAACAUAGACUACACGAUUCAUUUCAUUGAAGAGAUGAUGCCAGAGAAUUUUUGUGUGAAAGGGCUUGAACUCUUUUCACUGUUCCUAUUCAGAGAUAUUUUGGAAUUGUAUGACUGGAAUCUUAAAGGUCCUUUGUUUGAAGACAGUCCUCCCUGCUGCCCAAGAUUUCAUUUCAUGCCACGUUUUGUAAGAUUUCUUCCAGAUGGAGGAAAGGAAGUGCUGUCCAUGCACCAGAUUCUCCUGUACUUGUUAAGGUGCAGCAAAGCCCUGGUGCCCGAGGAGGAGAUUGCCAAUAUGCUUCAGUGGGAGGAGCUGGAGUGGCAGAAAUAUGCAGAAGAAUGCAAAGGCAUGAUUGUUACCAACCCUGGGACGAAACCAAGCUCUGUCCGUAUCGAUCAACUGGAUCGUGAACAGUUCAACCCUGAUGUGAUUACUUUUCCGAUUAUCGUCCACUUUGGGAUACGCCCUGCACAGUUGAGUUAUGCAGGAGACCCACAGUACCAAAAACUGUGGAAGAGUUAUGUGAAACUUCGCCACCUCCUAGCAAAUAGUCCCAAAGUCAAACAAACUGAUAAACAGAAGCUGGCACAGAGGGAGGAAGCACUCCAAAAAAUACGGCAGAAGAACACAAUGAGACGAGAAGUAACAGUGGAGCUAAGUAGCCAAGGAUUCUGGAAAACUGGCAUCCGUUCUGAUGUCUGUCAGCAUGCAAUGAUGUUACCUGUUCUGACCCAUCAUAUCCGCUACCACCAGUGCCUAAUGCAUUUGGACAAGUUGAUAGGAUAUACUUUCCAAGAUCGUUGUCUGUUACAGCUGGCCAUGACUCAUCCAAGUCAUCAUUUAAAUUUUGGAAUGAAUCCUGAUCAUGCCAGGAAUUCUUUGUCUAACUGUGGAAUUCGGCAGCCCAAAUAUGGAGACAGAAAAGUUCAUCACAUGCACAUGCGGAAGAAAGGGAUUAACACCUUGAUAAAUAUUAUGUCACGCCUUGGCCAAGAUGACCCAACUCCCUCAAGGAUUAACCACAAUGAGCGGUUGGAAUUCCUGGGUGAUGCUGUUGUUGAAUUUCUGACCAGUGUCCAUUUGUACUAUUUGUUUCCUAGUCUGGAAGAAGGAGGAUUAGCAACCUAUCGAACUGCCAUUGUUCAGAAUCAGCACCUUGCCAUGCUAGCAAAGAAACUUGAACUGGAUCGAUUUAUGCUGUAUGCUCAUGGGCCUGACCUUUGUAGAGAAUCGGACCUUCGACAUGCAAUGGCCAAUUGUUUUGAAGCAUUAAUAGGAGCUGUUUACUUGGAGGGAAGCCUGGAGGAAGCCAAGCAGCUAUUUGGACGCUUGCUCUUUAAUGAUCCGGACCUGCGCGAAGUCUGGCUCAAUUAUCCUCUCCACCCACUCCAACUACAAGAGCCAAAUACUGAUAGACAACUUAUUGAAACUUCUCCAGUUCUACAAAAACUUACUGAGUUUGAAGAAGCAAUUGGAGUAAUUUUUACUCAUGUUCGACUUCUGGCAAGGGCAUUCACAUUGAGAACUGUGGGAUUUAACCAUCUGACCCUAGAUGGGGUUUCUUCAUGUUGCCAGGCUGAUCUCAAACUCCUGGGCUCAAGUGACCCACCUGCCUCAGCCUCACAAAGCACUGGGAUUAGAGCCAUGAGCCACUGCACCCGGCCAGAAGGCCACAAUCAGAGAAUGGAAUUCCUAGGUGACUCCAUAAUGCAACUGGUAGCCACAGAGUACUUAUUCAUUCAUUUCCCAGAUCAUCAUGAAGGACACUUAACUUUGUUGCGAAGCUCUUUGGUGAAUAAUAGAACUCAGGCCAAGGUAGCGGAGGAGCUGGGCAUGCAGGAGUAUGCCAUAACCAACGACAAGACCAAGAGGCCCGUGGCCCUUCGCACCAAGACCUUGGCGGACCUUUUGGAAUCAUUUAUUGCAGCGCUAUACAUUGAUAAGGAUUUGGAAUAUGUUCAUACUUUCAUGAAUGUCUGCUUCUUUCCACGAUUGAAAGAGUUCAUUUUGAAUCAGGAUUGGAAUGACCCCAAAUCCCAGCUUCAGCAGUGUUGCUUGACACUUAGGACAGAAGGAAAAGAGCCAGACAUUCCUCUGUACAAGACUCUGCAGACAGUGGGCCCAUCCCAUGCCCGAACCUACACUGUGGCUGUUUAUUUCAAGGGAGAAAGAAUAGGCUGUGGGAAAGGACCAAGUAUUCAGCAAGCGGAAAUGGGAGCAGCAAUGGAUGCCCUUGAAAAAUGUGAGCCUAUUUCUUUUUCUAUAAUUAUGUUCAUCAUGUAAUGAGUGUUUUAUGGAAAGAAAAUGAGGAGGGAGAAAAAUGAUAAUUUUCCCCAGAUGGCCCAUCAGAAGCGGUUCAUCGAACGGAAGUACAGACAAGAGUUAAAAGAAAUGAGGUGGGAAAGAGAGCAUCAAGAGAGAGAGCCAGAUGAGACUGAAGACGUCAAGAAAUAAAGGAGGGCAUGCAAGUGUGGAGUAUUUACUUGCUCAGUACUGUGACUGUUGUCUAUUGAGACCUAGCCUAGUUUUCCUACAGACAAUGAAUGAAGUGUGCUCAUUGAAAUAAAAUACAAGUCAAAUUGCUGUUGUUUUAAUGAUCUGUUUUUAGCUGGAUGGUCUUUAUUACAAAGGAUUAGAUUUUUCUUCUAUUUAAUGGAAAACUCGACUUUGGUGAAUGUGCAUUACUUCCUUUUGUUUUGCUCUUUAAAUAAUAAAAUUCAAGAAGCAUAUUCUAUGUGGAAUAGAUCCUGUUUUUUCCAUCUCUGUCCCAGAUUGUGACCCUAGACUUUCAAUUGACAAGUAAAAAAUUGACUUUACUAGACAUUUUGACUAUGCUCUAUUAACAUCUAUACUUUUUCAAAUCUCUGGAUUUUUAAGUAGAUUGUUCAGCUUUCAUCUGGUGGCUGUUGUAUCAAGUUCUCAGCUGCAAAUAUUGAACUUACCUAUCUCUAAGCAGUGAGUGUUUUGUAGAAGGAAUCCAUUUAACAAUUAAUUGGCUAAUGGGAGAAGAGGAAAGACUGAUAUUCAAGUCACAUAGAUUCUCUGAAUCAUUAGAAUAGGAGAGAAAUCAUGAUUCUAAGCCAGGCCACACUUUAAACCAAGUGCUCUCACCCUGAGGUUAGUGGAACCUUUAAGAAGGUAAUGAACAGACUUCAGGGAAGUCAAAACCUCCCAAUACCAAAUUCCAUUUUCUGUGUGUGUUUGAGAUUUGAGAGGGCAUGGGGAGCAGGAAGGAGGAGGGUUUAGAGCUUUUAUCAGCCUCUAAGUGGGCCCUGCAGUAAAAGGCUAACAUGACAUUAAAAGACAUGAUAUUUUUUAAAAAGUUAUUUAAAACUAAAUAUCACUGGUUUCUUAUUAAUAAAGGCAAAACUUCUUUGUAAAA